GGGGCGUCAUUGCCGUGACAGCGUUGAGUCAGUGGGCUGCUUUAAAGCGAGGGUUUUCAUCCGGCGCAGAAGGGAAACCUUUCUUCCGUCUGAGAGCAGGUCUGCUGAGAUGCGCAGGGCUCCGACACAGCGGAGGUCGCGAGGCUGCUGGUGAAUUACAAUUGGGAUACGAAGCCACCGCGAGCGAGGGGCUUUCUCUUUCUCUGCUCGUGUUUAACGAACUACCGCUCGUUUAAUUCACUGAAGCUUUCUCCUGGAGAGGGUUCCGUCCUGUGCUCUCACGCAGGAAUGAUUUUCCUCGGCUUGGUUUUGCCACAGAGGACCACGGAGACCUCCGAAGGCAUCGGUCAUGCUCUCUGGGUUCAGCUUUAGACACCUGAACAGAGGUGCAGUGGCUCCCCCUGAUGGUACCUGGUGUAAUCUGAUCUAGGAGACACCCAUGCUUAUCUUCUGCUGACUUGCCUGAAAUGCAACCAUUGACUCUACACCUCAAGAAAACACAUGGCUGAUACUGCAAGGUGAGGGCGUGGCUGGGAGCGUGAGUUGCAAAGUCCCCAGAAUUACAUCACAUGGAGGUCAAAGGACAUCUGAUCACAUCCAUGGGUUUGGGGGCUCCUGAUGUUCAAGGCUGCCAGGACAGCAAGCUGCAGGCUGAGAGGAUUGCAGCGCUGCAAGAGAGGAAGCAGGCCCUGGAGGCUCUGCUCCACACCAGAGUGGGAGAGCUCAAACAAGUCUGUCUGCAGGAAGCAGAGCUGACUGGGAAGUUGCCACGUGCUUUCCCCCUGGAGACAGGAGAGAAACCCCCACUGGUGCAGCGCAGAUCUGGCCUGGCGCCCAACACCAAGGCGGAGGAUGAGGCUGCCCAAAGAAAGCAGAUGAAAGCCAUCUUCACUGGUACUCUGUACAGACACUCGGAAGCAGAUCGAAAUGUCCCAAAUAGCAAGAGGACAGUUCAUCGGGGGUGUCACACAGAGGACACUGUCAUGUCAGAGAGUACAAGCUCCAUGUCAGAUUCAACAUCCCAUGACAAUGAGUCUUCUCCCAGUGUGGCGGCUGACCAGCGCUCUCUGUCUCAGCCGCGGCUCACUGUGGGCAGCCCUGACCACAGAAUCAGCAGGAAGCUGUCUCCAGUCGAGAUUUAUUACGAGAUGAGGACGCGGCGCAACUCAGUCACAAGCUCUGUUAGCCCAACUCACUCUUUACCAAGAAGUGCAUCUAACGUUGAGGGUAGAAGUGUUCCAGCGACUCCUCUCUUGGCCCGAACUGCUCCAAUCAGUGUUCACGUCAGGUCGGAUGCGUCGGGUGGUAACGGACUGAAGCAGUGGUCUGGCAGCCUGGAUGUGCCCUAUAUGAUUCCACUGGCACAGGAGGGCUCUUCUUCUGACCGCCGAAGCUGCCCUUACAGCUCCCGGGCCAGGCGCAGUAACAGCUCCGAGGCCCUGCUGGAUAGGUCCAGCCUCCCUGACGAUCCUGCUCCCAGAAACGGGAUGCCCCCCCGAGGAGGACCCUACAAGAGCUCAGAGACACUGACUGAUGGCAAACUGCGACACAUUCAUCUGGGCAGCCCUGAGAGACAUGUGGAUGGCUCUGUGGAGCAGGCCAAAAUGCGUCUGUCCAUGGGUGGCAGGGGGGCUGGUGGAGGCUACAAUGAGCUCUUGAUGGACUAUAUCUGGGGGAAACAGCAGAGGAUGCAAGUGCAGCAGCACCUGUACCAGUCCACAGGCAGGAUCUGGCAGGACAUGUCCUCUCCCCGCUCCUCCACUGCGGCUGUGCCUCCCCAUGCCAACGGCUUUUCCCAUUCCCAGGUGCACCUCCCCAGUGCUGCGCCUCCUUUCAGCCCCAUGGUCCUCAGAGGAUCCGAAGCUGAGCUGCGCAGGGUCAAAGUCACCAGAACCAAAUCUUGUGGACCCUUUAUUCCUUUGCAGCAACAUCCCCAGGAUGCCAUCCUGCUGUCAGCUUACGAGUCUCCUCUUCCGGCCUCUGGCACCACCACAUCCUCCAUCCCAAACCUGCACCCCUACCAAACCGAGUUAUCCGGCCCCUCCUUCAGCCGCAGACCCCCACAGUUCUCUCUCCCAACCCCAGAGGACUCAACGCGCAGCUUGCAUAAAGCCCUGGCUCUGGAAGGACUGAGGGACUGGUACCUGAGGAAUGCCCUUGGCUAUCCUCCUGCUGCCCCAAAGGGCCACGAGGCUGGGAUCUCUCGCCUCUCACACCCCCACCCGCUGGUGCACCAGGCCCAGUCGGUUCAAGGUGAACCAGCCAACCUCCACAGAUCUCAGAUACCCCAGUCAGCCAGCUUCCAUGGUCACCCGCUGCAUGGAAGGUCGAUGGAGUUCUCUCUAUAUCAGGAGACUCCUCAUCCACAGAUGCAAGAAGUGACCCCAAAGGAACCCAGUGCAGACCCAGGCACCCUAGUCUGAAGCAGCAGAACACACACGUACACACACACACACACUACAUUAUAUCAGCAAAAACACUGUAGCCUCACACACACAUUCACUCAGACUCACACAGUCGCACACGUACACAGACAAGUUGAUACAAUGUGACCUCAACAGCAAAGCAAAACAUGGCGACCUCAGCAGAAAGAGACUGGAAUAAAUGACAAACUGUAGCUGUACAGUGUGAAAAAGCCUUGGCUAGUUCCCCGUGUUAUAACUGAUCCCGCCAGUAUAUGAACUUCAAACUCAGUGUUCUCGUGUGGAUGUGCACUGGAGUUAACUAAUAACAAUAUGGUCAUGCUGUACUUAAUAUAUCAAUAUUUCUGGUCCAACACAAGCAGUAAAAUCCCUCCCAAUAACCCUGAAAUAUCCCGAGAUAUACUUUUUUACAGAAUAUAUACAACUCUAAAUCACUAUUUUGUAUCUUCUGAGAUAUAAAGAACAGUUCUAUUAAAGAGGUAAUUUAUUUCUCAUUAGUUAUGUGAUAUACAAAGAUGUUAUAUGAGCUCACAUCCUUUGAAAAGUAUUAAUACAUGCCGGUGAAUGUGUGUUUGUAAACUAUAUAAAACGCAAAAACAUGCUUCAGUCUUCAUCUGCUGUUAAUUUCACAGCCAUUUGUAUUUUUCAUCUUUAACAAACGAACUUGCCAUGAACUGUAGCGUAGUGGUGUAGCGGACGGGAGUGCCUAAAAGUUUUAAUAUCAAAACUAAACCUUGGUUAGAAACCUUUAAAGUUCUUUCUAAUAAUCUGAAAUGCUAGCAUUAAGCCUUUGUGAGCUUAGUGUAAUCAAAAACUGAAAGCAGUUCACGAUGUCACUAAAUUAGGUUAUUUGGAAUGAUGUCAUAUAUAUUGUGAUUUUUUUUUUUUUCGUUGUAGCUUUCUCUUUGCUGACCUUGACAGAAUAAUAACACAGAUUCUAGGACAAAUCUGAGGGCUGUUGAGACCUACUGUAUGGCAGUAGCACAUGACUGUAUGACAAAAAUAUACUGUGCAGGAUUUGAGUGUCAUAUGGAGCACUUUAUGAACAUCUUAAGCCUUAAUUCCCUAUAAAAUUGUCUCCAAGAGAGAUGACAGGCAGGCAGGUUUGACAGGGUUUAUAAUUGGGGGAAGAGUUAAGGAAAAGUGAGUUUUGUCAACCUCUACUGAAGGUCUGUCAGAGUGUUAGUCUGUAUAUAGUGUGGAUUGUAUUGGUGAGUUUCAAACUAAUAUUUUAUUCCCGUACUAACAAUGUAAUUUUUAAACUAACGACAUACUAAGUAUUUAAUCAGAAUAAUCUCCCCCACUCAUUCCACCCCCAAGUGAGCACUAUUUAAUUGGUUGUAAAAAGUGAGGUUGGUGGUGUGAACAGAAUAGGGCUGCUGCAGUUUUGAAUGAUGAUGGUGUGAGCAGGUCUCAUACCAGUAAAUUUGUUAAUGAGAUUCAUGCUGGCUGAUUUUUGUAUUUGUAAUAAUUUCAACUCAUUUCAUGUGCUUGCUUAUGUGUUGUUUAAAAAAAAAAAGUUACUUUUUCUUUAAACUGGACUAGUUAUGUGUCAUAUAUUUCCAAGUUUGUCUCAACAGCAUUCUGCAAUGUAAACUUCAGAAAAAAUUACAAUAUUACAUGAAAUCGUCAAGGAAGCAAGUAUUUGUCUUAGUGUUAAACAGAAGUUAACAUAAUUUUGACUUUUUUUUUCCAUCUCUGGACUCAUUUGAAUGUAAACUUUUUACGUUUGUCAUAAGUGAUGUUGUUUUCUACUCUAUUGCGAACUGUAGCACACCGAAUGUUACCUGGUUUCUUCUGCUGUCUGAUGUGUUCACAUCCUCUCAGUAUCCAGCUUCAUACAGCUUCUUCCAGCUGGUUUAAACCUGAAAUCAAAGACCAAACUGCUGUGCACUGGGGGUCGUAAAUGUAUUUUUCAUAUAAUGUACUCUGUAAGUUGAAGGUAAAUGAUAUAAAUUUAGCUCUGAAGAAAAUUUAUUCAAACUAUAUUAUAUUUAUGAACCUAUAACAUUUUGUAGCUAUCUACUGUAGCUCUUUCUCAUCAGUGCGGGAAUUGGUAAUGUGUGUUCAAAACAUUUCAUUCAGCAGUGUGACGUGUUAAUAUUUGAUUAUUAUUCUUUUUUUUUUUUUUUUAGAUAUUUAAGUGCAGCUGUUUUCUCUAUCCCUCUCUUUAUAACCAGGCCUGUGAAAUAAGACUUAUAGGCCCGCCCUAUACUGUAUGUAUGAGAUUGUGCAUUCAUUCUACUAAAUAAAGUGUCAUGUUGAAAUCAA